UUUCAGCAAUGGCGUCGUGUUCAAACCCUCCAAACACUGGACAACGAGAACAAGCUCAACCAACUGAUUAUCCCGUCAACCCAGCACCGUUCAUCUCUAACUGUGUAUGCUGUUGGAAAAAUUUCGAUUCUUUCAAGAUCGCCAUCCUGAACGCAGCGGCCAGAGCUCGAGCAACGGGAAACAUUCGUUACGACAGUCGCAUGACCGUCUACUCUCAUCCGGCCACACUCCAAUGUGUUGAUUGUGAGGAAGGAGUCAAAAAGCGCUUCACCCAGCUCUUGAGUUCGAUGUAUAAAAUCUCAAAGGAUUCCGAGGGAUACAUCAAUCUCGACUGCACUCAAACCGCUGCAAUGUACUUGCUCAAAGGUACUUCGGUGAUGACACAUUUGAUCCCUGUCGAGUAUCAAACCGGCAUCAAACUUCCCCGUCGUUAGAAGAAUUUGGUAACCGCUCUGUUGAUUGAUUCCAGUUUUUAUUAUAAUCUCAGUUUGCUUUUUUGUGAGGUUUCGUUUGAAAAGUUUACAAUUUCUAAUCGAGCUUUUCAAAAUUUCAAACAAGAUCGCUAAUAGUGUCUGCAGUAAAAAUAUUGUUAAGUUGUCUUGUUUUGUAUUUUGAAUAAACUUUGUUUUGUUGCUUCAUUUUUAUGCGCUUUUGAUGUAUUUGGUUGAAGUUUUGACUAAACAUCGGAUUUGAUUUAAUAUUUAAAAACUUCUAAUUUUCUUCAUACUAUCAUUGUAUUAAACAUUUUUGUUCUGAGAUUAUCUGAAUGUGAUAUUUGAGAAAGAGAAUGUAAGAAAAAAUAAACAAAGAAGGAACCGUGGGGAACGCGAACUGGAGUAUAUUUCUUGUUUAUUUUUGUCUACAAUCAAUGAUAAGUGACUCCUCGCUGAGAGUGCAAAUUUUGAAUGUUUUGAGCCGUUUUUUGAGCCGUUUUAAGCCGUUCUCUGGCUAGUUUUACUGAUUUUCAAAUAGGUUCAUCAGUUUUCGGACGUUCAGCCAUCUUUAUAUAAAGACUUUUUGGAAGACACACUUUGUUGUGAGUAUCUUUCGAACACUUUUUUGAAAUUAAAAUUAAAAAUUGCUGCAUCAAGAACAUGUUUUUUAAUAAUUUUUAUGUUAUUUUUGAUUUUCAAAAUUAUUGUUUGCACAAAUGGACAAAUCACUUCAAAUUAUUUAAAUUUGAAAAAUAAAACUUUUU